AUGCUCAGCGCGCCCUUGGUGACGACGUCUUUGUCUUUCCCCUUGCGCUGGUUAUGCACCGACAAGCGGGCAAUUCCAUCAACUAGGUCAAGUGGAUUGAUGAAGAGGGUUGAUUUGUUUAAUAUUGAGGAUUGCGUCAGCAUCUGUACCGCUUCCGCUAGUUGAGGGUGCAUUGUCAUGGGGGGCUGGAGUGAGGCGAGAGCUUUCCGACAAACUCGACCUAUUCAUAACUUUGGUGAUGUCAAGGCAAACGGAAAAGUGAGCUCGUACUGUCAUGGGUUUUCGAUUUUUGUACAAUUUCCUCUAUCACUGGAUAAAGGGCUUCGAAGUCUA